AAGAGGAUGGUGUGUAGGGUUCAAUUGACAUCUCGCAAAGUUUAUCGACGUGGGACCUCUUUCUCCGUUCAUUUCAUGCCGCGGUCAUAUUUCCAUAUCUGUCAUCCAAAUCGCUAGGCCUUAUUCUUGUUCAUUGCUAAAGGUUUCGCCUCAGCUGAAGCUGAGCCACCGUCGCCCGACACUGCGGCCCUCUAUCUCGGUGUCUUGUGGGUCCCAGUGUAUUGCUUAUAUCACCUUUACGCCGCUUUCAUGUAGGUCCUAGCGCUUAGAAGGAUCGCCGUUGAAGUAAUUUCAGGUCAUGAGAAGAUGCCUUGCUUCCAGGGUGCCGUAUCCGCACGGUCACUCCGAGGUUCCAUCAGUCUCAGCAUGCUCCCCCGCGGAUGUCGUGCGCUAGAAGUAGCUAGUGGUUUCUUUAUUCUUAAGUGUUUGACUUGAUGGGUACAGAUACAGUCCGUGUAUAAAGGGUUGCGUUGGAUCUCGCUUGUAACGAUACCCCCGCUCCCUGCAGAAGCUUGCGAUUACGAUCUGCACAAGCAAACCUUUCCUCCUACUUAUGCUUACUUUGUCUCGACAGCGACCUUCCCGUCACCUUUGGGGCCUAAAAUGGCGAUCCUCUAUAUCAUUUAUAACGUUUGAUUAUGGAGUAGGUAUCACGACCGAUCUCAUCAUAUACUCGAUGAUGAUACCCUUCCUUCCCUUCCACCUCGAACGCUUGAGUUACUCAAGGGUAUCCGUGCUGGUGGGCUUCUUGCUUUUCGGCUUGGAAGCAGGCGUCGUUCUAGCGACGCCGAUCACCGCAUGGCUAUCUGAAAAGUACAAAGCCCGCCAAUCCAUUCUUCUUACCGGACUACUGGCCUCGAUAUUUUCUCAAGGAGUAAUGCUUGUGUCUCGCCAAUACUGGCUUAUGGUCAUUGCCCAGGUAUUCCAAGGCAUGAGCUCCGCUAUGGUUUGGGUAGCAGGUCUAGCCUUAAUUUGUGACACGGUCCCUCAGGAACACGUCGGGCAACAACUUGGAUUGGCUACUUCUGGAUUAACGCUAGGGCAAAUGAUUGGCCCUCCAUCAGGUGGUUGGUUGUACGAUCGCUUCGGCUUCCGCGCACCUUGGAUAUUCACUAUCACCAUCACGAGUUUGGAUCUUCUCGGACGACUCUGCAUGGUCGAAGGGCAGAAGGCAAGAAUAUGGGCCGCCGAUCCUGCAAACGUCUCAGGCUGCUCGAUGUGUAUUGAAGACGAUCUCAUUGGUCCAGCGACAGUAUCAUCUGCCAAUCCGACUAAUUCUGGGACGUCUACAAGCUGUAAACACGGCCCGCUGAUCAACUCUGAGAUAAGUAUUAUACAAGAUGAUACCGUGUCGACGGACGAAGCCACUCCACCGUCGGCGAUGACGCCUUCCCUUUCACUGAUAGAGGUCACACUCACCCUGUUGAAGUCCUCGAGGGCGCUCACUGCUAUUGUUAACAUCGCCAUCUAUGGGUUCGUAACCAGCAGUUUGGAGCCCACGCUUCCGCUUCACCUGCAGAAACUCUGGGGUCUGGGCUCUUCAGACGUAGGGAUUGUCCUUGUACUGAUCUUCAUUCCUACCCUUAUUGCCUUGCCUAUCUCGGGAAGAUACUCGGAUAGCGUCGGCACUGAAUGGGUCACAAUUCUAUGUCUGCUCGGAGCCCUUCCAUGGUGGGCCGCAAUCAAUGUCAAUGCUUCACUGACGUUCUUCAUUGUAUCAUACGCACUCAAGAGGAUGUUCAACUCCUCCGUAGUCUCUCCGUUGACGGCAGAACUAGCUUCUGUCUGCCGCACCUUGGAUGGUGUUGGUUAUGCACAUGUAUACGGCGCUUUCAACCUUGCGUACGCCAUAGGUUGCGGUUUGGGUAAUCUCGUAGGUGGGGAGAUGUACGAACGUAUCGAGAAAGGAUGGCUUGCGGGAAACAUCCUCAACAUGGGCCUCGUGACGGUAUCCAUCGCGAUCGCUCUUAAAUACACUGGUAACCACCCGUUAAUGGGAAGAGUUUUCGAGAGGUUGAGGCAGCCAGGCAUACAACUGAGGGAAGAUGAUGAUGCAUAG